CUCCAGACUCUCUUCCCAAAGCUGACGCUUGAAAUAAAUCGGGAAUACGCGCGGGCAGGCAGCCGCGGGAGUUAUUUUGCACAGGGCUCGGUGCACAGACUUCACGACUUUCCUCGAAAUUAUUGGGGUCUGCCAGUAUUUUUCAGGGCGGAAGGGGGUGAUGAGGAAAGUAUCGGGUUCUUAGAACUAAAGACUCCAGGUCGGAAAGUCAAAAGGAGAGCGGGGAGGAGGAGCAGGAGCAAGGCUGGGGAACGCUCUGCCGAGGAGUGCCGAGGACGUGGGGCGGAGAUGGCCGGGGCUUGCUGCAGAUCCGGCUCAGAGGGCUUUGGGGGUUUUUGUUUUAAUUUUUUGUCUUUGCUGUCAGAGGUAGACACCCCGUCCGAAGAGAGGGAAUGCUUGCAUUUCCUCACUUUGAGGGUCUGGGCGGCCACACCUCCUAGCCCCGGAGACCCCCGGCCCCGGGGUCCUGCGCGAAGUGAGAGAGGAAGGGAGGAAACAAUGAGCUGAGAGCCGGGAAUGUGCCCCCAGCGCCUGUUUACAAACACGCAGCUAUUUAUGAUCGCCGGAAAGCGAAACCCGACGCGGGCUCGCUGCAGCCCAGACCUCGCGGGCGGAGCCCGGGCCGAGGAGCUUCAGGGAGGGAGGCUCUUUUCCCGAUCCUCUCCGAGGAAGCGGCCGUGCGCCCAGGGCGCGGCAGGGCCCGAGUGUUCGGCUUGGGCUACGGGCGCGCCGCCUUUGUCUUCGAGGCGCCGAGGGGCUCCGGCCGUGACCGUGCGCGGGCCUGAUGGGACCCGGCGCCCUCAGCUUUUCCCUGGCGACGCCCCACGCUCUCCUCCUCAACCUUUCUCCUCCGCACCCCAAUCCGCUUUCCUGUCCGCCACCCGGCUCAGAGAAAAGUCCCACCCUCCCGACUCUGAUCUGCCGAGAUGGCUCAGCCGCAGUAGCUCGACCUGCGGGGCUGGAAACCUCACAUCCCCAAAGCAGGGCUCGCAGCUCGCUCGGCUCGGAGCAAGAUUUUCCCUUCUCUCUCCAGCUGGAACCUCGCAGAAAACUCCCCCUGCGGUCGACUGGAAAAUGAGCUCACCCAAAUCUCGGAUCUUUUACUCUUCUCCAUCGCAAACGUGCAAAAUUUUCUGGCACAAACGCACUGGUACAUCAAGCGGGAGGUGUAGGCAGGCCCGCAUGUCAAAGCCAAGGGGAUCCGGGUGACUAACCAGCGCCUUUGUGCCACUGCCUGAUAUUCCUUGACAACGCCCCCCCCCGCCCCCCACAACUCCCCCACCGCCUAUGAACUUGGAAAGAGACUUUCAGGCCAAGAUGGAACCUCCCGGUCUCAGGAAGGCGAUUUCUGUUUAUUUCUCGGGGAACUGCGCUGGCUGGGCCAGGCAACGCAAUCCUUUUCCGAUUAUGGAGCGACCCAAACUGGGCCGGUUGCCUACAAGCCCUUCCUGGAACCCCAGCCCAACGGACUGCGGCCAACACCUGAGCGCCUGGGGAGGGCUGCUCGCGGGGGUAGGAGCGCCGCCUCUCCAGCAGGCCCGCCAGGCGUCCGCGCAGCUGACCUUAGGGGGAAACCAGGGGAGGGGUGUCAAGCCAAACCUCGACAUGGGUGCAUCUACAUUUAUGAUCUUUAAAUGAAGUGUGAGGGAAAUUGUGUAGUAUAAUUUAACUCAGAGAAAUUUCCUGCGAAAUACAUUUCGAUGACCGUAGACUUUUAACAGCCCUAGGGCUUCUCCGGCAAGCCUAAGAAACCAGCCUGGAGUUACCUCAACUCUGCCGCCACAUUCUCAAAUUUGGAAAAGGCCAGUGUGGGGCUUUUACAUAUAUAUACAAUUUAUUUUGUAUUGUUGCUUUCUA